CCGUCCUGGAGGCGAGGGCCCCGGUCACACUGCAACUCUGGAACUGAAGCUCUCACUAGUUGUAGCAGUGCUGUGUGUAGGGCAGCCCACGGCUUAAACCACCAAAGGUUACCGAAGAGGGCCGUGCGUCCUGUAGCAAACUCUUCCCAAAGAAAAGUUGGGGUCGGGACUUCCGCCCGCCUGCCUUCAUGUCCCUCUCCGCUGAGAUGAGGGGCCCUGGGUUUGAAGCCUGCACAGCGAAGGCAUAGGAUGAGCCGGUGCUGCUGGGUCUGUGGGUUCCCGGGGAGGGGACAGUGAGAACUGUGCGUCAGCCUUCAGGGUGAGGAGCCUAGCAGGAAGAGGCCCUUAACUCUGGGUCUUGAGGCAAGGCCCUCGUGGCGGUGACCCAUGUCCCUGUGACCCGUGUGCCUGAGAGGGAUGUGGUCGGGUGAGUGCCUAGAGCAGGAGGAGGAACUGGGGCUCUGCCUCUCCCGGAUGGCCGGCCGCUUCCACGGGUGCGUGCCUGAGACGCGGCCCCGCAGCACAGGGCCUCCUGAGGCCCAGGCCAGGUUCCAGAGGGGCUGCCCCUGUGGCCCUGGCUCCUGCCACGUGUGCCUCCCUGGUCGGGUUGCCAACCAGACCCCAAGAGACCCGCAGCGACAGCACCAGCUCACCCGAAAACGCGUGUGUGGGGCCCACGCAGGGAGGAGGUUUGAGCAGGUCGGAGGCGGACGUGUGAGGGCCCAAGAGACGGCUGCUCCCUUGGACCCGACGCAGCAGGGGCCCCCAGCUCCACGUCGGCCACGGGACGCCUUUGAUGGCUGCGACAAUGGACCCUGCGAGUGACAGAGGGGCGUCCGAGAGUGUUUUCGACCUGGACUAUACCUCGUGGAAGGUCCGCUCGACGCUGGCGGUCGCCGGCUUUGCCUCCUACCUGGGCGUCUUCCUCGUGUGCCACCAGCUGUCCUCCUCCCUGAGCGCCACCUACCGCGCUCUGGUGGCCAAGGAGAAGGUCUUCUGGAACCUGGCGGCCACCCGGGCCGUCUUUGGGGUGCAGAGCACGGCAGCAGGCUUGUGGGCGCUGCUGGGGGACCCCGUCCUGCACGCUGACAAAGCGCAUGCCCAGCAGGGCUGGUCCUGGUUCCACAUCGCCACGGCCACCGGCUUCUUCUUCUUCGAGAACUCGGCCCUCCACCUCUCCAACCUGCGCUUCCGCACCUUCGACCCCUUCCUGGCCUUGCACCAUCUCUUCGCCUUCCUGGGGUUCCUGGGGCUGCUGGUCAACCUCCAGGCCGGCCACUACCUGGCCAUGGCCACCCUGCUGCUAGAGAUGAGCACCCCCUUCACCUGCGUGUCCUGGAUGCUCCUGAAGGCUGGCUGGUCGGACUCACUGCUCUGGAGGGCGAACCAGUGGCUGAUGAUCCACAUGUUCCACUGCCGCAUGGUGCUGUCCUACCACAUGUGGUGGGUGUGCCUUCGGCACUGGGAUGGCCUGCGCCGCAGCCUGCACCCGCCGCACCUGGCGCUCUUCCUGUGCGGCAUGGGGCUGCUGACGCUCGUCCUCAACCCGUACUGGACCCACAAGAAGACGCAGCAGCUCCUCCACCCGGUGGACUGGAACUUUGCGCCGCCGCAGCCUGGGAACAGCAUGCUCCCCAAAACCAACGGCCACGGACCCCAGAAGAAGGGGCAGUAGCCACUUGGGCAGGGCGGUCACGUCCCCCCUUUGUCCCGCAGGGCAACGGCGUGGCAAGGAGCCGUGGGUGCUGUGUGUCCAGCAGCGGGUCCGAGAGACUGCAGACUGACUCGCUGUUUCACUGGCGUGGGUUUCCCAGGUGCCACCGAAUGCCUUCGGGGCCCUGCCGUGCCGAUGCCGCUGUCUGUUCUGGGCGCUCACCCACGGUGGCCUGCUGCUCGUCAGGAAGGGCGAGGGCCCCGAGGGCAGCUGUCCUGCCGCUCCUGCCUGCUGCAGUGCUCUGGGACCCAGCCUGCCGGGCCUGAAGGUCAGCCUGGACCGGGUGACCACAGGCCAGAAUUGCCAGCUGCGGGUGUGGUCAAGCUGGCUGGAUCCUUCCCAGUCACACCUUCAGCUGCUACAAGUCUUAUCCAGAAGUCACGGUUGGGAAGAAUUGCCCUAAGGUAGAAACUGCUGUGACCAGUCAACUUGCCAGCACUUCCCAGGUGGGCGGGUCCAGGCCGGGCAGCAGCUCCCCAUCUGGUGGGAGGAGCUUCCCGUCUGGUGGGAGGAGCUUCCUGUCUGGUGGGAGGAGCUCCCCAGGGAGCAGCCAGCCUGGAAGUGGCUCAUCCGCCUGUGGAGCUUGGGAGGAGACGAGAGGGAAAUCCUGUUACACUUUUUGUCAAGGAGGCCGCCGUAAAACAAGAAUUUUUAUUCAGAUUGUAUUGCUCAGUCAACAGAGUAAGGAGGAUAUUUACUAACCGGGACUGCCUGCCUUUCAGAGCCGUUUCCAUUGACUUAAGUUGCCAGCAGGUGCCCAGAUAGGCCCCAGCUCCAGGCUGGUUUUCUCGUGGGUUUCAGGACAAGGGAGUGAGCUGCCCGGCUGGGCUGCAGCCCUGAGCUCCCUGCACCUUCAGCAGGCACCCCCCCCC